AUGCUCGAAUUCGCAAUUCUCAAAGCGACGGGGACACUCGCACCACGCCUCGGCCACCUUUCCUUUCCUAAGCGCAAGAGCAUAUCAACUCCAGGGUUCAUCGGCAUCACUUCGCGCGGUGUCAUUCCACACAUAUCGCAGGAUAAUUUCUCGAAAAGCCUCAGCCUCGAUGGUGUUUACGUUGCCCUUGAAGACUUCAUUGAGAAAAUCCCCCAAAAGACACCACCCGUGUUUCAGUACGAGAUCCCCGAGCCACUCCGUAGGUUUAUAGCUCUCCCGCAAGACGCGCUCCUCGUCCUCGGCCCACGCCGCAACCCGCCUAUACCAUCCCCAAUACACAGCACAAACAAGGAGCUGGGUAUUCUGACCUCUGUUGGAUUUAAGGCAUUGAGCUCAAAAUAUUAUGCUGCUGCUGCAAGGAAGCUCCAGCCAGACAUUGUGGUAGGCCUGGCUGACAUUCCCUUCGGUCAGGAGACGAUAGGGAUAAAACGGAAGGACAGGAUGAGCGACAGGACCGAGGUGUGGACGCGCGACAUAAUUGCGAAGAAGGCUACAUUAGACAAUGGUGAACCGAGCUGGGGUAUUUUCGCGCCUAUUCUACCAAUAGAGCGUGACUUGCAGAGCUGGUAUCUGGAGCAUCUGGUCGACGACAUGGUGGACAAGAUCUCUGGCGUAGCUAUUUACGACGCCUACCUUCUUGACGAUCUGUCCGAAGAACUCCACCAUCUACCACGUCUCUCCUUCCACGCACCCGCCAGCCCGCACGAAAUCCUGCGCCAAGUCGGUCUGGGCAUGGACAUCUUCACCGUUCCUUUCCUCAUAGACGCAACCGACGCCGGCAUCGCGCUCAACUUCGCCUUCCCUGCCCCACCGAAAGGCACAACCACUAGCUCACGGCAAGACCUUGGGCUUGAUAUGUGGUCAGACAUUCAUGCGACUUCUGUCACACCGCUGAGCGAGGGAUGUGAGUGCUAUGCGUGCACCAAGCACCACCGCGCGUACAUUCAGCACCUCCUUGCCGCGAAGGAAAUGCUGGGCUGGGCGCUCAUACAAAUCCACAACCAUGCUGUUCUGUCCUCAUUCUUCGCCGGUAUUCGCACUUCCAUCGAGGCAGGUACAUUUGACGCCGACGUUGCGGCAUUCGAGCGUUACUACGAGUCCGCGCUGCCAGAGAAGACAGGUCAAGGUCCAAGAGUCAGGGGAUACCAGUUCAAGCCAGAAGAGCACGCAAAGCCCGGAAAGAAGAACCAGAGAGUCUUCACCAAGUUUGAUGAUGAGAAGAUCGCGGAGCUGAGACUAGCAGCGGCUCAUGGACAGCAACCAGGCGUGAAGCCGGAGAUAAGCGAUGCCAUUGAUGAAGCACUUGUUGGGCUGAUAGGGCUGGAAGAAGUAGACGUGGAUAGCACAAGAUUGGUCGCAUCACUGAAGUUGGAGGAUGAUGCGCAGACAAGGCACUAG